AUGAAUUUAUUUCCAGUCUAUUUCCUUAUUACCUAUUUAGCAACAUUUGUUGUUCCAUCUCCAGUCAAUGUAACUGCUAUUGUAAAUUUUCCUAUUGUCCAAUCUACCCAUGAUGAAUCUAAUUUUUUUAGAGUCCAAAGGAUUCUUGAAAGAAUUAAAAGUCAAGAAAUUAAUAAUAAUAAUGGCAAUGCAUCCAUUCAGAAUAAUUAUGUUUCAUUAUUAUUGACAUUGAAUGGUGGGUCAAAAAGUUCAAGCAAUUUGAAUUUGACUGAAACUUUAAGAAGUACUAUUACGACGUUAGAAAAAAAUGUUGUAUUAGGGUCAGGGUAUUUAAAUGAUACCACUACAGCUAUUAUUCCGAUUGGUUGUUUAUCAUAUUUAAAAAUGAAAGAUGAUAUUGAAAAUUCUUUAAAAGGUUUAGAAUAUAUGAUUGAUUCGAUGGAACAAUUUUCUCUUUCGGGUUUAGGUGAUUCUAUUCGAGAUGUUGUUUUGAUUAAACCGAUGAAGAGGUUAACCGAAUAUAUUGUUAAUUCUCAUCUUUUGUAUUUGGAUUGGAAAAGCAGAUAUAUGAUGAGAAAUUAUCUAGUUGAUAGAAAUAGAGUUGAUUUGUUAGAAGGUUGCUUUAAAGAUUUGAUAACGAUUGAAAGGAUGAUCACGAUAUUCAAUGAAGCGUUGUCCAAUUUAACAGCAAAUGGUCUGGAAAAAUAUACUAAGUCAUUACUGGAAAGUAAAGAUUUUAAAGAAUUCCGUAGUACUUUCCAUGAAGCGGAAGAAAAAGAACAAGAGGUUCUUGUUGAUGCGUUGAGCAGCAAAAUAUUAAAUAAUCAGUCAAGGGAGAUUAUCGCGACAGCUUCACCUGUCAGAUGGUUUCUUUACGGUAUUAUUCUUUUAUUGACAAUGGGCUAUUUCUACACGCUCUGUAUCCCCUUUGCUCCGGCUUGUUUUGGAUUACUGGUAAUAUUUGUACUUUACCAUUUGUUAGCAUUGUACAGACUUUUUAGGGGACAGACAGCUAUACUGGAAUAUGUAGAAUCUCAAGGAAUUUUUUACUAA